AUGGGAUAUCCCCCUCCUCCUCAUCCCAUGGCCACUGCUGCUCCUGUGUGCGUGACUGCCCUCCCAGCCCGCCGCCCUUUGAAGCCCUGCCAGGGGAAGGAGUCGGGCUCUCAGCACGAUCUGCUGCAUGUGACUCUGCUGUGUUCAGUGCCGAUGCUACCAUUGCUGCUCGUGAUUCGGCUUGCUCUCCUGCGUGUGAUUCUGCUGCGUCUGGCUCUUCUUACUCCCGUCCGUUCCACUCCCCUCAUCCCCUCCACUCCCCCCAUCCCCUCCACUCCCCCCAUCCCCUCCACUCCCCCCCUCUCCUCCACACUCCCCCAUCCUCGCCUUCCAUCCACCAUGCUCGUUUCCCUCUCUUCUCCCAGGAAGGAGCCACCCACGCGUCUACCCUGCUGCUGCGACUACUGCUCGUCCUUUCCGCCCCAACCCCUCCUCCCCCCUCAGCUCCCCUUAUGGCCCACCCACCCGUCUGCCCUGCUCCGCUGCCUCACUCUCUCGUCUCUGCUGUCGCUGCUCAUUCCUUGCGCCCCUCCCUCCUCUCCCCUCUUCUCCCCUUGCCCAUGCAGCUACCCUGCUUUCACUCGUUCCCAGCAUUCCGUCCCUCCCCCACCGCAUUCCGCCCCUCCGCACCGGUUCCCUCCCCCGUUUCCCACACAACGGACGGCCUCCUCCGCUGCCCUCCGCCGCUCCGACCGCCAUUAG